AUGGUUGCAGCGGCCCUUGCUCUGCUGGCUCUUCUGCCCCAGGCUUUCGGGCAACAUAACAGCACUUACAAGGACUACAAUGUCGAACCCAAUCCUGACCUGGACCCGCUAUGUCUAGGAAAAGUCCCACUGUCCUUCCCUGACUGCCAGAGGGGUCCUCUGAGCAAAACCUUAGUCUGCGAUUCGAAGGCCACGCCUUAUGACCGCGCCGCGGCUCUGAUCUCGCUCUUCACCCUCGAGGAACUCAUCGACAACUCUGGCAACACCAGCCCGGGUGUCCCCCGCUUGGGUCUGCCCCCUUACAUGGUGUGGAGUGAGGCCUUGCACGGUCUGGACCGCGCCAAUUUCACCGACGCAGGUGCUUACAGCUGGGCGACAUCCUUUCCCUCGCCUAUCCUCACGGCCGCCGCCUUCAAUCGCACCCUGAUCAAUCAAAUCGCCUCUAUCAUCUCCACUCAGGGUCGCGCCUUCAACAACGCCGGCCGCUUUGGCCUUGACGUCUACUCUCCGAACAUCAAUUCGUUCCGUCAUCCAGUCUGGGGCCGUGGACAAGAAACUCCUGGAGAAGAUGCGUUCACUCUUGCGGCCGUCUACGCAUAUGAAUAUAUCACAGGUAUCCAAGGUGGUGUGGACCCCGAGCAUCUGAAGCUCGCGGCUACAGCGAAGCAUUUUGCUGGUUACGAUAUCGAGAACUGGGACAAUCACUCCCGUCUAGGGAACGACGUCAACAUCACCCAGCAGGACCUCGCCGAAUACUACACGCCGCAGUUCCUCGUGGCCUCACGCGAUGCCCGCGUUCACAGCGUUAUGUGCUCCUACAACGCCGUCAACGGCGUGCCCAGCUGCUCCAACUCCUUCUUCCUGCAGACCCUGCUGCGCGACACCUUCUCUUUCGUCGACCACGGCUACGUCUCCGGCGACUGCGGUGCCGUCUACGGAGUCUUCAACCCGCACGGCUACGCGGCCAACGAGUCCAGCGCCGCCGCGGAUUCCAUCCGCGCAGGCACCGACAUCGACUGCGGAACAUCGUACCAAUUCCACUUCAACGAAUCUAUCACCACCGGGGCCGUCGCCCGCGACGACAUCGAGCGCGGGCUCAUCCGCCUGUACGCCAACCUCGUCCGUCUGGGCUACUUCGACGGCAACAGCAGCAGCCCUUACCGCAGCCUCAGCUGGUCCGACGUGCAAAAGACCGACGCCUGGAACAUCUCGUACGAGGCCGCGGUCGAAGGCAUCGUCCUGCUCAAGAACGAUGGCACCCUGCCUCUCAGCUCGUCGUCCGGCAGCAACAGCAGCAGCAGCAGCAAGUCCGUCGCCCUGAUCGGGCCCUGGGCCAACGCCACCACACAAAUGCAAGGAAACUACUACGGCGCGGCGCCGUACCUAAUCAGCCCGAUCGACGCCUUCACGGCAGCGGGUUACAAGGUACACCACGCGAUAGGCACAGAGAUCUCCUCCAACUCGACAGCGAACUUCAGCGCAGCGCUCUCAGCGGCCCGCGCCGCCGACACGAUCAUCUUCCUCGGCGGCAUCGACAACACCAUCGAAGCAGAAGCGCAGGACCGGUCCUCGAUCGCCUGGCCCGGGAACCAGCUGGAGCUGAUCCACCAGCUCGCCGCACAGGAACCGUCCAAGCCAUUCAUCGUCUACCAAAUGGGCGGCGGACAGGUCGACUCGUCGUCCCUGAAAUCCGACCCCAACGUCAACGCCCUCCUCUGGGGCGGCUACCCAGGCCAAUCCGGCGGCUUCGCCCUGCGCGACAUCCUCACCGGCGCCCGCAACCCCGCCGGCCGCCUCACCACCACCCAGUAUCCCGCCGCCUACGCGCAGUCCUUCUCCGCUCUGGACAUGAACCUCCGCCCCGACAACAAGACAAAUAACCCCGGCCAGACUUACAUGUGGUACACCGGUGAACCCGUCUACGAGUUCGGCCACGGCCUCUUCUACACUACUUUCCACGCCGCCGCCUCCUCCUCCCCAUCGGGGAACCAUACAAAGAGUGGCGCAGCAGCAGAUUAUACCUUCAACAUCACCACCCUCACCUCCCGCCCCCACCCGCACACAACAACUGUCGAGCAACAACCCCUCCUCAACUUCACCGCCGCCAUCAAGAACACCGGCCCCCGCGACUCCGAUUACUCCGCCCUCGUCUACGCGAAUACCUCGUCCGCCGGGCCAGCGCCGUACCCGAAUAAGUGGCUCGUCGGCUUCGAUCGUCUGGGGCACAUCAAGAAGGGGGAGACGCGCGUGCUCACUGUGCCGGUGGCUGUCGAUCGGUUGGCGAGGGUCGAUGAGCGGGGCGACUCGGUGCUUUUCCCGGGGAGGUAUGAGCUUGCGUUGAACAAUGAGAGGGAGGUUGUCGUCUCGGUGGAGUUGGUGGGCUCCCCCGCUGUGUUGAAGAAGUGGCCAUUGGAGAAUCAGGAGAUUCUCUCGGAUUCGUGAG